AUGUCAGACCUGGCAAUGUCCCCCAGCCCCAUCGCCGCCUCACUGAGCCAGGCCUCUGUUGCAGGGCAAAAGCUGGUCUCUGAAUGUGACGGCACAGAAGAGUCUGUCUGUGCCCCCUGUGAGAGUGGCCAUUACCAGCAGAGCUGGACCAAGGAGAGGCACUGUGCCCCCCAUGACAUCUGCGAAGGCAAUGCCGGCCUCGUGGUGAAGACCGAGGGGAACGCGACGCACAACACGGUGUGCCAGUGCCGAGCUGGCAUGCACUGCUCCGACUCCAGCUGCCAGACCUGCCUGGAGAACCAGCCCUGCCAGCGCGGCUUCGGCUUCGUGGCAGCCAAGGCUGUGGCCCAGCUGUCCUCUCCCUGCGAGCCCUGUGCAGAAGGCACCUUCUCCAACAUCUCUUCUAAAACUGAGCCAUGCCAUCCCUGGACAAGCUGCGAGGAGAAGGGGCUGGUGGUGAAGGUGAAAGGGACAAACAUCUCAGAUGUGAUCUGCGAGUCGGGCGGGCGCUCCUCGCUGUCGGUGCUGAUCCCCAUCACAGCUGCUGUCGUCACCUGCCUUGUGGGCAUCUGCAUCUACUGCCUGGUCCACACAGAUCCCAGGCGACAGGUGCAGAAGCAGAUAGAGGCUGGGAACAUGGAGAACCUGGAACCUAAACAGGCUGUGGAGACAGAGGAGGAGGAGGAGAGCUUACCUGGGCAGGAGACCCUGCUCAGACACCAGCCUGUGGCCCAGGAGGAUGGCAAGGAGAGCCGCAUGGCAGAGCAGGAGAGGCUGUGAGGACACUGGACGCUGCCUGCACAGGAGCACAGUCGGGGCCAGCAGUGCUGUCUCUGUUGACUCUCUGGCUGAGGAGCAAAUCUGACCUGGCUGAUGGGACACAGCAGCAGAUGUGGCACAACCACCCCUGUGGCAAUACCACAGUAGUGCCUG